AUGAAUUAUAAAACUUUCUCUAUUAUUCCAUCAAUUCUCACUAAACAUUUAUUUCCUUCUCGAUAUUUAUCUGUCCUUAAUAAUAUGUGUUCACCUUUGUGUUCAUUAACAAUUUUGGUUGGACUUGCUGCUUGUUGUAUUUCACUUCCACAAAUUCAAUAUGUAAAUGAUAAACCUUAUCAUUUAAUGCAACAAACAGAAUGUAGAGGCGGUAAAAUAUAUGAAAUUAAUGAUGUUCAAGAUAUAGAUGAAUGUAAAGCUGCUUGUUUUCAUAAAAACUGUCAAGCAGUUAAUUUAUAUCAAGUCGGGGAAUUCCAAUUUAAAUGCGAAAUACUUGCAUAUGUUCGAGGAUAUUUCCCUGCACAAGGAGCUGCUUGCUAUAUUUCUUACAUUUAA